GUUUUCUCGCUCCAGAUCCUUGUGGCUUUUUUCCUUUGUUUGUUUUCAAUGAUAAAAUCGCCAAGUACAGGUUAACUGUGUUUAUCUCUUGACGAUAGCAUACAUUGUACGAAUUUAAAUACUUUACGAUACAACAUAGAUUGACACUGAAGGAAGGGUGUUUGAUCAUGUCUUCUUUGCGGUAUCUUUCAAGCAACAAUGCUUCUCUCGUUCUCAAAGGCUUGGAAUCUUUGUUGGAUCUCGAAGAACUUUGUGAUGUAACUCUACAAACCGAAGAUGGCAUAUCAAUAUCGGCACACCGCAAUGUUCUUUCUGUCGGCAGUCCUUACUUCAAGGCCAUGUUCACCGGGCAAUUAAAGGAACGAGGGAAGGAAGUAAUUACUUUAAAGGGGGUUACCGGCGAAGCACUUCGAUGCAUUGUUCGAUUUGUUUACACGUCUUCCAUACAUGUGACGGAAACCAAUGUGGACGACAUCCUGAGCGCGUCUGAUCUCUUCCAAAUGAAGGAGAUCACGAAUGUCUGUUGCCAGUAUCUGAAAGAACAACUUCAGCCCUCAAACUGUCUUGGUAUAGCGGCCAUUGCUGGCGGUUUUUCCUGUGAAGAGCUUUGGAGCGAAGCUCGCAAAUAUGCAGUGAAGCAUUUCACGCAAGUGACAAAAUGUGACGAGUUUAAAGAUCUGUCUUUAGAAGCGGUCAAACAGCUGUUAUCGGAUGAGAACGUGUGUAUUCGAUCAGAAGAAGAUGUCUAUGAUGCUGCUAUGGAGUGGAUAUCAAGCUCUGAGGAUCGCCUGAAGUACUGUGCUGAAGUGUUCUGCUGCGUUCGCCUUCCUGUGCUGUCGCCGUCUUUCCUAAAUUCACACGUUCUUAGCAAUGAAUGGCUCAUUAAUGAUCCUGAAUGCAAGCAGAUGCUGGAGGAGGCGCUCUCAUAUGCUUCCUCCCCUACUUCUGAAAAGCGCAAACAGUCUUUAGCCACGAGAAUGAGGCCACGAAUUCAUUCAGGGUUUGCUGACAUCCUUGUUGCUAUUGGUGGUCUCCAUCUUGGAAGUCCUGUGGCAUCUGGAGAAAGAUACAAUUUAUACACUGAUGAAUGGUUGCCCAUUGAGGACAUGCCGACAUUGCGUUAUGGCAUUGCAGUUACUCAACUUCAUGGACAAAUCUAUUGUCUCGGGGGAUUUGAAAGUGGGAGAUACUUAAGUACCGUUGAGACUUAUGACCCUGAAGAAAAUGCAUGGAUGAUACGACCACCAAUGCAAGUGUCAAGAAAAUAUUUUGGUGCAACUAGCCUUGGUGGUAAGCUCUAUGCUCUUGGAGGCUCCAACAGUCAUCGUCGACUAAAGAGUGUUGAAUGCUUUGAUCCAUACGAACAGCAAUGGACGUUUGUUGCGCCCAUGUUGAGUCCAAGAAUGUAUUUAGCUGUUGGAGCAUUAGGUGGAUUGCUGUAUGCAGUGGGAGGACAUGAUGGUCUCUCACGACUGAGUAGUGUGGAAUGUUAUGACCCUCAGACAGAUGAAUGGAGUUACGUGGCCUCAUUGGAUAAAGCAAGAUCUGUAGCUGGUGUAGCGUCCCUUGGAGGCCUUCUGUAUGUCAUUGGAGGAUUUGAUGGAAAUAAAUAUCUUUCCGAUGUUGAUGUCUAUGAUCCUCAGACAAAUUCUUGGACUUCAGCAUGUCCACUAAAUGAGCAGCGUUCAGCUGUUAGCGUUGCGGCAAUGAAGGGAAGAAUUUUUGCCAUUGGUGGUUUCAAUGGACAGUUCUUGUCCAGUGUUGAGGUCUAUGACCCUGAAAUUAACCAAUGGAGUUAUGUGCAUAAUAUGUCAAUUCCAAGAGUACAUUUCGGUGCAACUGUUGUGUGAUGAGCAGUAAUUUUUAUAAUUAUUAAUAUUAAAUGAUAUAUUUUUAUUUUUUUUAAAAAUUUCAAAAAAUUUCAAACCAUCAGUGUGUAUUACACUAAGAUCUUGAUCAGUCAGGCACUCUUCGAGAAGCAGUUUCCCAUCGAUCCUAAAGUUUUAGAGCUUUGUUCUGAUUUGAUCAGAAAUCUGGAAAUUGUAUGAUCUAAGAUAACAUUGAAAUGUCAGUUUUCUGUUCGUCUGCCAUACAAAUCAUUACAUCUGGGAUAUUUUUGCAUCAAACUCAGGAGACUUGAAGACAGUGACACAAUAUAUGUGUAAUCUUUCUGAGCUCAUGAUUGCUAAGUCUGUGAGCAGCCUCAAAUGUGAUUGCAUUUGUGUCUGGUUUGUGUUUCCUGAGCUGUAGAAAUUGUUUUUUGUUGUUGUUUGUUUGUAAAAAAAAAAACUUACUUUCUUGGUCAGCAUGCACUGCACUGCUCUGAGGUACAUGUACAUGUAUAGGUUAUGAAGUUCUUUUUUGAAAACAAAAAAAUACAAAAUUUAUACAAAACAGUGUUGAUAUAAGUGAAAGAAGUGACUAAUAAAGAUAUGUUCGAAUUUUAAAAUUCCUUUUAACAGUAAGUUUUAAAAAGAUACAUUUUGGAAAGAUAGUACAUCUUUGUUCG